CUUGUUAUGCGUUUGCAAAUUCAAUGUAAGCAACUGAAUGAGUAACCUUCACUUUUUAACCCCAGAGGUGAAACCUGUUGUGUUCCGUCUUGCCUGCAGCCCAGAAUUGUCAUUGUCCGGAGCACAGAUUUGGCUGCAAAAUGAGACAGUGCGCUAUUAGAGAGGACCGCAGGAGCAGCAAUCAGGAAGCGGCCCGCUAGCUGGCAUAGGAGCAGCAGGAUAAGCGGGCGAGGACAGCAACAAGUCCUUUUGCACGCAACAAGUUAUCACAGAAAGACCAGACCACCAGUACGGCGUAUAUAUCGCCAUCAAAAGUGCUUGAUUCCAAACCCACAUCACAUAACAGAAUGAGCCCCUUCAGUUCCAAGAAGAAUCGCUCUCUGUCGGUGCGGGUCAGCACGUUCGACUCUGAGCUGGAGUUUAAACUGGAGCCCCGCGCCUCCGGCCAAGAUCUGUUCGACCUAGUGUGCCGCACCAUCGGGCUGCGCGAGUCGUGGUACUUUGGACUGCAAUAUGUCGACACGCGCAGCAAUGUCUCCUGGUUAAAAAUGGAGAAGCGGGUGCGGGAUCAGCGAGUGGAGCUGCACGCCAGCAACAAUGUGUACGUGUUUAGCUUUUACGCCAAAUUCUUUCCGGAGAACGUCAGCGAGGAGCUGAUCCAGGAGAUCACGCAGCACCUGUUCUUCCUGCAGGUCAAACAAAGCAUACUAUCCAUGGACAUCUACUGCCGGCCAGAGGCGUCCGUUCUCCUGGCUUCCUAUGCGGUGCAUGUGCAGUACGGGCCGUAUGACUACGAGACCUAUAAGGACGGCAUGCUGGCCGGAGGCGAACUUUUGCCAAAGGGGGUGACAGACCAGUACCAGAUGACGCCCGAGAUGUGGGAGGAACGCAUCAAGACUUGGUAUAUGGACCACGAGCCAAUGACGCGCGAUGAGGUGGAGAUGGAGUACCUGAAGAUCGCACAGGACCUGGACAUGUACGGAGUGAACUACUUUCCUAUUACAAAUAAGAACAAAACCAAAUUGUGGCUGGGUGUCACCUCCGUGGGCCUGAACAUCUACGACGAGCGCGAUAAGCUAACGCCAAAGACCACGUUCCAGUGGAACGAGAUACGGCACGUCAGCUUUGACGAUAACAAGUUCACCAUUCGCCUGGUGGAUGCCAAGGUCUCGAAUUUUAUAUUCUACUCACAGGACCUGCAUAUCAACAAGAUGAUUCUUGACCUGUGCAAAGGCAACCAUGAUCUGUACAUGAGGCGACGCAAGCCCGACACCAUGGAGAUCCAACAGAUGAAAGCACAAGCCAAGGAGGAAAAGCAACGUCGCCAAAUUGAGCGCAAGAAGUUUAUCAGGGAAAAAAAGCUGCGUGAGAAGGCGGAGCAUGAGCGAUACGAGAUGGAGAAGAGCAUGGAACACCUGCAAAACGAGAUGCGUAUGGCCAGGGACGCGCUGCGGCGUUCUGAAGAGACCAAGGAGCUGUACUUCGAGAAGAGCCGCGUCAACGAAGAGCAGAUGCAGCUGACCGAGUGUAAGGCGAAUCAUUUCAAAACAGAAAUGGACCGUCUGCGCGAGCGACAAAUGAAGGUUGAGCGCGAGAAACAUGACCUGGAGAAAAAGAUCCGUGAUGCCGACUUCUAUGUCCACCAGCUGACGGUGGAGAACGACAAGCGGGAGGCCGAGACUGAAAAGCUGCGCAAGGAGCUGAUCUGCGCCAAAAUGGCCGAGCGCGAGGCUACCGCCCGCCUGCUCAACUUCCUUAAUAGCGGUCGCAAGUCCUCCACAGAUAGCUUGUUGACCGCCUCAAGUGUCUCGCAUGCGGCAAACACGGCAUCCAGCAUGGCGGCUAUCAGCACGCCUUCGCUUACUACCAGUAGCUCAACCAAUGACAUGGAGACCGCCGGCGGUGCCGAGCUUACCACCCACUCGUCGCACUAUCUUGCCGACAACUCUAGCGGUAUUUCGGACGACUUCGAGCCAAAAGAGUUCAUCCUUACCGAUAACGAGAUGGAACAGAUCACCAACGAGAUGGAACGCAACCAUCUUGAGUAUUUGCGCAACUCUAAGAACCAAGUGGAAAACCAACUGCAGACACUUCGCUCCGAGAUCGCGCCGCACAAGAUUGAGGAAAACCAGAGAGACUUGGACAUUCUCAGUGAGGCGCAAAUUAAGGCCAAUGAGAACAAGUACUCCACACUCAAAAAGCUCAAAUCCGGCUCAACAAAGGCGCGCGUGGCGUUCUUUGAGGAGCUUUGACCAGCCUCCCAGCGUGGCUUCAUCACCUGUUCAACAUGACUAACUCCCUCAUCUAGCUGUACGAUAUUUGGUGUGUAUGCCUGUGCGCGUGCUAGAGUGUAUGAGUGCCUUAACCGUAGUUGUACUAUACUAUAAUAAAUGUUUUUCGAUUGUUUACUCAAGCCGCUGCUGUAAUAAAACUUAUUACAAGGCCUGGA